ACUGUGUGUCUUUCUUCGGACAGCAAACCCAACUUUAAUUUCUCAUCUAUUUUGCUUCUAUUUAUAUCCUAUUUACUAUCACUGUGCAUUAUCCCCUACCUGCAUAUCAUACCUUCUCUUCCUCUCUCCCCUCUCUCUCUCUCUCUAGAUUUAUCAUAUUGUGCAAUGGAGCAGUUGGGUAGCAUUCUUCAGUUUUUGGAGAACAGGUCCAUUCUUGUCACUGGUGCCACGGGCUUUCUUGCAAAGAUUUUUAUAGAGAAGAUACUGAGGGUACAACCAAAUGUGAGGAAGCUUUAUCUCCUUUUGAGGGCUCCAGAUGCAAAGACAGCCAUGCUACGCUUCAACACUGAGGUUAUGGCUAAGGAUUUGUUCAGGGUUGUGAAGGAGAAGUACGGGGGAGGUUUAAGUUCUCUGAUCUCUGAAAAAGUGAAAGUGGUAGCUGGAGAUAUCACCUGCGAGAAUUUGGGUGUGAAGGACACUGUGUUGUUGGAGGAAAUGUGGAAAGAAGUCGAUGUUGUGGUCAAUUUAGCUGCAAAUACCAACUUUGAUGAAAGAUACGAUGUUUCACUUGCAAUAAAUACGCUGGGAGCUAAACAUGUUUUGAAUUUCUCCAAAAGAUGUGACAAGUUAAAAGUACACGUUCAUGUUUCCACAGCUUAUGUAUCGGGAGAAAAAGAGGGACUGAUACUGGAAACCCCAUAUAAAAUGGGGGAGACACUCAACGGGACGUCUGGGCUGGCCAUCGACGCAGAGAAGAAGUUAGUCGACGAUACUCUGAAGCAGCUCAAGGCUGAGAAUUGUUCGGAAGAGUUCAUCAAAUCAGCCAUGAAAGAUUUGGGAAUUCAAAGAGCAAGGAAAUUUGGAUGGCCAAACACGUACGUUUUCAGCAAGGCGAUGGGAGAGAUGCUGUUGGGGCAUUUGAAAGAAAACAUACCUCUUGUAAUAGUUCGACCUACCAUUGUCACCAGUACUUACAAAGAGCCAUUCCCCGGUUGGGCUGAAGGCGUCAGGACGAUUGAUAGCUUGGCUGUUGGAUACGGAAAAGGAAGAAUUACAUGUUUUCUUGGCAACCCCAAGACUGUGAUUGAUGCGAUUCCAGCCGACAUGGUGGUGAAUGCAAUGAUAGUAGCAAUGGCGGCUCAUGCGAAUCAGCCUAACGAGACCAUUUACCAUGUCGGGUCAUCUGUGUCGAACCCUUUGGAGUUGGGGUCAGUUCGAGAUUAUGGUCAGCGUUACUUCACCAAGCACCCAUGGAUAAAUAAGGAAGGCAGGCCGGUCAUAGUUGGCGAAGUUAAAAUGCUCAACUCAAUGGAUAGUUUUAAGAGAUACUUAGCAAUUCAUUACUUGCUUCCGUUGAAGGGACUAGAAAUAGUGAACACAGCAUGCUGCCAAUACUUCGAGAGCUUGUACGUUGAUCUACGUAGGAAGAUCAAGUUUGUGAUGCGACUGGUCGAACUUUAUGGACCGUAUUUGUUCUUUAAAGGAUAUUAUGAUGAUAUGAAUACAGAAAUACUAAGAAGGGCUGCAGAAGAAAGUGGGGUUGAAACUGACAUGUUCUACUUUGAUCCCAAAGUCAUUAACUGGGCUGAUUACUUCAUGAACAUUCACUUGCCUGGAGCGGUAAAAUAUGUAUUCAAAUGAACUAACCAAAAUAUAAGUGUGUAUUUGCAAAUUGGUCCUUGAAUUUGGGAAAUUCAUGUUUUUAGGUCAACUAUUUCAUUUAUUACAAGGCAGAUGUAACUAGUGAAGAUCAUCAAAUGUUAUUACAUUGUAAGUGGAUCAAUUCUUCAGUUGUAUUCAAGGCCAUGUUUGGCUGAUAUGUUAAACUCUCAUUACCAAAUCAAAA